AUGUCGUCUACAGGUGGUGAAGUUGGCAAAGCCCAGAAAGAAUCCUCCAACUCCCUUUCCAGUUUGGUCUCCACUCUGGUGCCGACUGCCAUUCUUGCGAUCGCCUUCGUCGUCGCUUUCCUUAUCGCGCGCAAAUACUUCCGCCGAGUCUAUGCGCCGAGAACCUAUCUCAACCACCUGGGGCAGCAGCGACAGACGCCUGCGCCGAGCGGAGGCUUCUUAGGAUGGAUAAAAGAUUUCAAGAACCUCAAGGACGAGUACAUUCUCGACCACCAGUCCAUUGACGGCUACCUGUUCGUGCGCUUCUUCAAGGUCCUCAUUGUCACCUGCUUCCUCGGAUGUCUUGUCACAUGGCCCGUUCUCUUCCCCGUCAAUGCGACUGGAGGGGCAGGCCAGGAGCAGCUCGAUCUUCUCUCCAUGAGUAACGUCAACCCCGAAGGCAAGAAUGUCAACCGCUACUAUGCCCAUGCCGGAAUCUCCUUCAUCUUCCUCAGCAUGGUCAUGUGCAUCAUUGCCCGCGAGUCCUUCUACGUCGUCAACCUCCGCCAAGCGUACCGUCGUUCGCCAUGGGGCGCCAGCCGCUUGUCUUCGCGUACCAUUCUGUUCACCAACGUCCCAACGACCAUGUCGCAGUCUGCCCUCUUCGAGAUGUUUCCCGGCGUCAAGCAUGCCUGGGUCGCCUCAAACACAAAGGAGUUGGACGACUUGGUUGAGGACCGUGACAAGACUGCCAUGAAGUUGGAGGAUGGCGAGAACCAGCUCCUACGUGAAGCCAACAUGAACCGCAUCAAGGCAGAGAAGGGCAAGAAGCACUUCGUCGCAAGCGACGUAUCUGACGGCACCAAGUGGAUCGACCCCAAGAAGCGCCCGACACACAAGCUCAAGUUCCUGAUCGGCAAGAAGGUUGACACUAUCGAGUACGGACGAUCGCACCUUGCUGAGCUCAUGCCAAAGAUCACUCAAGAACAGGACAAGCACUGGAACGGCCAGGGUGAAUUGGUCGGAGCCGUCUUCCUCGAGUUUGAUACCCAGAGGCAUGCGCAGGACGCCUGGCAGAUGAUGCAAAGCAGCAAGACCCGACCUGACAAGAAGCUCAAGGCACGCCAACUUGGUAUCGUGCCUCAGGAGGUCGUUUGGGGCAAUCUGAAGAUCAAGCCCAUGGAGCACCUUGCCCGCUGGGCAGUCGCUACCGCCUUCAUCUCUGUCAUGAUCAUCUUCUUCGCAAUUCCCGUUGCCUUUGUCGGUCUCAUCUCCAACAUCAACUACCUGGCUGACCGUUUCUCCUGGCUCGAGUGGAUCCUGGACAUCCCUCAGGUUAUCCUGGGUGUUGUUACCGGUCUCCUGCCAGCUGUCAUGCUUGCCGUGCUCAUGGCCCUGGUGCCGAUUGUCUGUCGCCUGAUGGCCAAGUUGGCUGGCUAUGUUACAUGGAGUCAGAUCGAGCUCAAGACCCAGAACUGGUACUUCGCCUUCCAGGUCGUCCAGGUAUUCCUUGUGGCAACCCUGUCCAGCGCCAUCACGUCCGCCAUCAACCAGAUCAUCGACAACCCCGGCAGCGUGCUCACUCUGCUCUCUACAAGCCUGCCCAAAGCCUCCAACUUCUACAUCAGCUACUUCAUCCUGUUGGGUCUCUCAUCGGCUGCCGGAACUCUGCUCAACAUCGGCGGUUUCGUCGUGGUAGUGCUCCUGGGCCGCAUUCUGCCUGGCAAGACACCUCGCAAGAUCUUCGACAAGCUUACUAAGCUUUCGGCUCCAUCGUGGGGAUCUGAGUACCCCAAGUGGGUCAACUUGGCUGUCAUUGGUAUCACCUACUCUGGCAUUGCACCUCUUAUCCUCGGUUUCGCUACCAUUGGCUUUUCGCUCAUCUACGUUGCUUUCAGGUACAACUUCCUAUACGUGUACGAGACCAACCUGGACACCAAGGGCGAAGCCUACCAGAAGGCCCUUCGCCAGCUUAUGACCGGUAUCUACCUGUCUGAGAUCUGCCUGAUUGGUCUGUUCGCUAUUGCCACGGCCAAGAACAUCCAGGCCGUCGGUCCCUUGGCCAUCAUGUGCCUGCUCCUGUUCCUCACCCUCGUCUUCCAGUUCACUCUGAAAUUCGCCCUAAAGCACGAGGAAGCUCGCCUCGCCUACACCGACCCAUCCCCUGCCCACGGCAGCGUCACCAACGGCCACCACGAGGACGGCAUGCACACGCAGAACGGCGAGAAGGUCCACACCACCCAUGCCACCCCCAGCUACGCACCCAAGGCCACUCGCAUGCCCGGCUUCCUGGCCAAGAUGUUCAACCCCGAGAAGAACUCGAUCCACAACCUCUCCGCGUCCCUCGACCAGUUCUACCACCACCCGCAAGAGCCGCUGCCCAUGGAGAUCCAGAAGCGCGCCUUCUUCAACCCCUCCGUCACCAGCCCCACACCCGUAAUCUGGAUCGUCAAGGACGACAUGGGCAUCAGCACGCGCGAGAUCAGGGACACACAAAAGACCGUCCCCGGACUCGUCAUCACGGACGAGCAGGCUACUUUCAACGAGAAGGGCAAGGUGUACUGGAAGGGUGUUGAGGACGGCCACUCGCGCGAGGCACCCGUCUUUGACGAACGUAUUGUUUACUAG